AGAAAGAAUCACACAAAUACAUAGUUCCAUCUCUUUUUAACAGCCAUGUUAGCAACAGGUGCACACACAAAACUUGAUUCCGUCGUACACACUCACACAUGCAUAAACAGUCACAAACAUACAUACAUGACGCUGUAUGACACACCAGUAGUGUCUAUAGCCUUAUGAAGGACAGACAGCAAACACUCAAUAAAAAAAUAUAUAUUAUGAUUAUUAUUAUUUAAAAGUUCAUUAAAAGUGGAACAGCAUUUUAGAAAUAAAUGUGUUUAUGUGUUGGACAGUGAUUAAGUUAUCAGUGUAGAACAGCAAAUAGUGUAAAAGUGUUAUUAUAAGAUAAGCCACAAGAAAAGGGACAAAAUGCAACCAAAGCCGCUGGCGGUGAUACCUGUUUGUUUGUUUGCUGUUUUCGUGUUUUGGAUAACUGGAUCCGCGGGUAUAUUCAUCCCGAACUUGACAGAGAAGUGCUACAGAUGCUUGUGCUACGUGGCUACGAAGUGUGACAUUAGCCACGAGUGCACCGGCGGGUACUGCGGGCCCUUCAACAUCUCGAGGGUCUACUGGGUGGACGCCGGGAAGGUGGUGCUGCCUGAUGAUGACCCUGAACGAAAUCAUGGCUGGGAGGACUGCGCGCGAAGCUAUCACUGUGCUAAGAGAAUCAUUGAAGGGUAUCUGCAAAGGUUCGGGAAGGAUUGCAAUGGCGAUGGCGUGACCAACUGUUACGACUACAUGAUGGUGAACGGCAAUGGCGGCUACGGCUGCAGCGCGCCCUUGAACAGGUCCGUCAAUGGGAGACGAUGGCUGAAGCGUUUCGAAGAAUGUCGAAUAUAAUAAAACUAACAACAUAAACGCAGCCAUAAUUUUAAUAAGAUCGAUGAUGAUGCUUACCAGCCUGGUCAAGUGACUUUUCGCCAAUCGUUUGCGUCAAUAGAAAACGCUCAAUCAUAA